CUCUGUCUCUAUCUCUCUCUCUCUCGUGUUGCUCUACAUUAUCACUGUCUAACUCAUAGCCAUCCGAGGGCGCGCAUUCGAGCCCUGGUUGCGCACGACCGCACUGACCAUAUCUGCCCCAGCGUUUUUGACUUUCACGCACCCCACUAAAAAAAAAAGAAAAAUGUGCCAGUGCGACUCAUCCGCCUCCAAAGCGAAGGCACCGGGCUCCCUGGCCGAAGUCGGCAAGCUUUUCGUCAAACACACCACCCUGCACGGCCUAAGGCACGUCUUCGGCGGUGGCUCGUACCCGCGCCGGGUGGCCUGGCUGCUGGCGUUCCUGGCGGCCGUCGCUCUGCUGCUCGCCUGGUCGUCUAACCGCGUGCGCUACCUCCUCUCAUCGCCCGUGUAUACCAAGGCGCACAUGGUGUACGCAAAGCGGCUCGUUUUCCCCGCCGUCACCAUUUGCAACCAGAACCUGCUCCUGCCCAGGCGCAUGAAGAAAACGGACAUCUUCAGCGCCGGGAGGUGGCUGGGACUCCUGGGGAGGAAUUGGCAGGUGUCCGCCGAGGCCAAGGAAGCUUUGGCUGCACCAUCGCAGCGCACUGAGCCGCCCUGGUCACCCCUCUCUCGAAUCCUGGACUUCAACCACUUUCUGCCUCCGCCUCGGGAGUCGCAGCCGUCCAUGAGGCAGCUGCUGGACCGGCUGGGACACCAGCUGGAGGAGAUGCUCUUGUAUUGUCGCUACCAGGGAGAGAUGUGCGGCCCGCGCAAUUUUAGCACAAUCUUCACACGAUAUGGAAAGUGCUACACCUUUAACUCGGGCCAGGACGGGCGGCCUCUGCUGUUGACCAUGAAGGGCGGCAUGGGUAACGGCCUGGAGCUGAUGCUGGACAUCCAGCAGGACGAAUACUUGCCCGUGUGGGGAGAGACGGACGAGACAUCGUUUGAAGCGGGCAUCAAGGUUCAGAUCCACACGCAGGAUGAGCCGCCGUUCAUUGAUCAGCUGGGAUUUGGGGUAGCGCCGGGGUUCCAGACCUUUGUCUCCUGUCAGGAACAACGGCUGACCUAUUUGCCGCCUCCGUGGGGCGACUGCAAGGCCACUCCAAUGGACUCGGACUUCUUCAGCACGUACAGCAUCACGGCCUGUCGCAUCGACUGCGAGACGCGUUACCUGGUGGAGAACUGUAACUGCAGGAUGGUCCACAUGCCUGGAGAUGCCCCCUACUGCACCCCUGAGCAGUAUAAGGAGUGUGCAGAUCCAGCCUUGGACUUCCUUGUGGAGAGGGACAAUGACUACUGCGUGUGUGAGACUCCAUGCAACUUGACACGUUAUGGUAAAGAGAUGUCUUUCGUCAAGAUCCCCAGCAAAGCUUCUGCCAAGUAUCUCGCCAAGAAGUUCAACAAGACGGAGCAGUACAUAGCAGAUAACCUUCUAGUCCUGGAUAUCUUCUUUGAAGCCCUAAACUACGAGACCAUCGAACAAAAGAAGGCCUAUGAGCUGGCGGGCCUCUUGGGUGACAUCGGUGGUCAGAUGGGCCUCUUCAUCGGAGCCAGCAUCCUUACUAUCCUUGAACUCUUUGACUACCUCUACGAGGUGAUCAAGUACAAGCUGUGCCGAUGCGUGAAGAAGAAACACAAAGGGCGCAACAACAAUGAUCGGGGCACUGUGCUGAGUCUGGAUGAUGUGAAGCACCAUGUCAGUAAACCAGAGGCUCCGUGUGACAACCUGCGCACGCCGUCCACGUACCCGGGUAACAUGCUACCUCAUCACCCGGCCCAGGGAAACUUCGAGGACUUCACCUGCUGAGCUGAACGUGAGCUGAGCUUGAAUGAGUGCGUGAGUGCGUUACUGCAACCAAAGUCCAAACCAUACAACGAGACUAUCUGGACGAGGAACCAAUGCCAUGGCCAAACAAAGGCACUUUUGUACGUGAAAUUCAGCCAGAAAAAUGGGAGGAAAUCUGUCGCCCCAGGCUUAGUGGAGAGGAAAGUGCACCCCAAAACAUCCAUUUCAUGCAGGACUCUAAUUUAUUUAUCCUUCUGGAGCACUGCCACAAAGGAGACGCAAACUCGGACCGCUGUCUCUCAAACAUACUCAUGAGAACAAAGGAAAACUGUACAGUCAAUAUAAUAAAAAUCAAACAUUUUCAAAGAAAGCCCCCACCUUCAUACAGCAGAGGGACAAACAUCCCCCUUUGCGAAGUACAUGUAGCGACAUCACGGCGUGUGUUCACAAAGCGAGCAUUGGCGGAAAAUUCAGGUCUCACUGUGUAAAUGCAUGAUUGUAUUCCUCCAUUUGCAUGUAUUUUUGUUGCUUUUCAGUUUGGUUUUUGUUGUUUUCUUUUUUUUAGAUAUGGGGUAUAUAUACACAUCUACUGUAUAUUAAUAUACUAUUCAAAAGUUACCAAGUUUGCCUCAUUCAGCAGGAGGAAGAUGAUGCAUCUCAUGUAGUAUACAGUGUAUGCGUGUGUGUGUGUGUGUGUGUGUGUGUGUGUGUGUGUGUGUGUGUCUCUGUGGGCAUGCAAAAACCAUGCAAAAGAUGCCUCUGUCGUCCCCGCAAAGCAACACUUCUCAGCACUUUCGCUCGCAAUCAAAUGGGACACAUAGAGGUGACUUCAGAUACAAGUUUCAUUUAUUCUGUGUCCACAAUCAUAGCCUAAAACACUCUAAUUGUCUUUCCCCAGGAAUUCUAAUAAUAUAAUAUUGUACUUUCUAAAAACAUGCAGUAUUAAUGUUGAUCAAAUAGAAUGUAAAGAAAUAAACAGUUUGUGGGUCAUGAUGAAUAAAUUGUGGCUCCUUCUGAUGUGUGCAACUUGGUCACCGGGAGGAGAAUAAUAAAAUCAUGCACAUCCAAACAAAAAAAAAAAGACAUUUACUGACUCAGUAAGAUGCAGUAAUAGUAUUAUUUUGCAGAUGAUAAACAGUAUAUGCCUGUAACUAUUGUUAUAUUGUUUGACUAAAAGUGUUGCUGCACCGUUUGUGUUCAAAAAUUCAUUGCUUAAAACAUAUCACCAUACAGACGUUAGUCUUGAGCCCGUUUAUGCCGUUUCCCAUUAUAUGUUAGCAUUAAGCUAGCAGGGGCAUUCCUAAGGCAAGGCAAAGCAAAUGGGGGUGCGGGGGGAACACUGGAAGAACAUCCUGUACCUAAAAAAACUUGCAAGUCAGUUCACUCGUACUUCAAGGCACCACUAUAUUAUGGAAAAUACCAUUAAUUUUCUACCCAUGUAACUUACAGGGUUCCUUAUGUUUCAUGGUAAGAACUUUAUUUCGCUUUUGAAUGUUAUAUAGUAUGAUUCAAAAUGUGCAAGGUUAGAUGUGGUCGAGUCCAUUUUUAAACUUCCAAGGUUACCUGACACAGCAAAAAAAAA